GAUCACGUGAUCAUGUUUUUGUUUGAUGUUCAUGAUUGGACUAUUAUCGUAAACGUCAUAUGAUUAAAUAUUCACUGUACCGAAACUAGAGAAAACGUUUUACUAUGAAUGAUUCGCCCGAUAGUAUGAAUGCAGAUUCUGGAAAUGAAACUGAUGAAAAAAUAGGGAAAUCUGCUGAAUGUAGCGAUAUGUGUGACGAAUUCUUAGACAGCGAAGAUUUUCCAUUUGAUUUCGUUGAUAAUAACCAUACUGGUUCAGAAGAUGAAAAUCCCGCAUUUAAUUUAUCUUCUUGUACAGAUGAGAUCAUUAAAGGUUUAGACAGUAUAAGCUGCUCUUCUAUUGAGCAUGGUGUCGGCAAUGUCCAUGAACCACCAGACCUCGACGAUGAAUGCAAUUCACAUAUAAACGACGAAAUUCAAUCGUGCGACUUUGUUGAUAAUGUUUCAUCCAACAUGGGAGAUGUGAAUUCUCAUUUAAAAGGCGUUGAUAUAGUUUUGGACAGCAUUAGUGAUGCCAAUGCUGCAUCAUUAGAACAAAAUGAUAAUGAAAAAGUUGGUGAAGGUGAAACAAUCCCUUCUGAUAUUCCUAAUGGAAGAGCAACAGUAUUAUCUUCAAAAGACCAAAAAAGCAAUCAUGCUGCUAAACAUACAGUAUAUAGUAAAAAGAAACUCAAAAAAAUAUUACAUGCGCUUGAAACUGGUGAUUCUGAUCUUCUCAAGAAUGCUGCUAUAUCUAGAGGUGGCUUGUUAAAUGAUGAAAUUCGUAAAAAAGUCUGGCCCAAACUUGUAGGUGUUGAUUUGAUAGAGACUUCUCCUCGUCCCUCUUUAAAGGAAAUAGAAGCUCAUCCUUAUUAUGGGCAAGUUGUACUUGAUGUGAAUCGAUCUCUUAAACGCUUUCCACCAAGUAUUAAAGAGGCUCAAAGGUUAACAAUGCUUGAUCAGCUUGUGUUCCUAAUUAUGAGAGUUCUCUGUCGACACCCAGAUAUGCACUAUUAUCAAGGCUAUCAUGAUAUUUGUGUUACAUUCCUUUUGGUAUUGGGCGAAGAAACUGCUUUCCAUGUUGUAGAAAAGCUUUCUCGAACUCAUUUAAAUGUCUUUAUGGAGAAAAACAUGGAGCCUACAGUUCAUCUUCUAGAAUAUAUGUAUGUUUUAAUUGGAAAAGAGGACCCACAACUUAAAAAUUUUUUGUUAAAGUCAGAAGUAGGUGUGAUAUAUUGUCUGAGUUGGCUUAUAACUUGGUUUGGCCAUGUGUUAAAUGAUUAUGACAAUGUUGUCAGAUUGUUUGACUUUUUCAUAGUUUCACAUCCUUGGAUGCCAGUUUAUCUAACAACAGCUAUCGUGCUUCACAGGAAACUGGAAAUCUUAAAACAAGAUUGUGAAAUGGCCUCUGUGCAUUCUCUUUUAAGUCAAAUUCCUGAUGACUUACCUUUUGAAGAACUGAUUAAUCAUUCCCUCAACCUGUUUGAAAGUUAUGAACCAAAACUCCUUGCAAAAGAACACCCAUAUGUAAAAAAGAAUCAGUUAAAACCAAAGAAAGGAUGGGGAAUAUUUCAGACUGUAUCAAGAACAAUAAAAUCUGCUGUACCUGCAAAUAAUAUCACUUUACCUGUAGUUAUAGCAGCAGCUGUUCUUGUAACUGCAAUUCUAUAUCAAGCCUAUAAAUAUUAAAUAUUAUUUUGAAAAUUAAGUGAUCAGCUAGUUCACAAUUUAUGUGCAAUGGAAUUUUCUGUAUAUAAAAUUUUAUAUAUAUAUAAAAUCUGUAUAUUUAAAUCAAAUUUAUUUCUAAUCAUUAUGUGGAAAUGAUGAAAUACUUUUGCUGAUUUAUUAAAUUAUUAUUGAUGAGAAAUUUAAAUUGGUUGAAUGUAUUAGUAUUUAUGAAAUGCUUUUGGAUCUUUUUCUU